AGAAAGGUAAUCAUACAGUAGAAGUAAGUUAAUACUAUAAGUAAAAGUUAAAAUUAUAUAUACUACAAUACAUGGUCAGACAGUCUGAAUUAGUUGAUGAAUUGAUUGAUUGGGGUCUUCAUUGAUAUUUGGUACGGUUAGUUAAGAUGGCCGACUACGUCAACAAACAGGUGAUUGUAUUAAAAGAAGUUAAUGAAGAAAACCGGAACGGAGCAACGAGGAGCGUGAAGACUGAGACCCAUCUCUCAGAUAGAAGACUAAGACUCUACAGGCUGGCUGCUGGGUGUUUAGGAGUGCUGUGUGUUCUACAAGUCACUCUCAACAUCUCCCUGAGACUGGCUUUCUAUAACAGAGGCAAUGUGACUGUAGAGAAAGACCUGCUACAGACCAGUUACAACACCCUGACUAAAGAGAGAGACCAGCUACAGAAGGAAAGAGAUGAUGUCAUUACAAAGUUCUCAAAUCUGAAACAAACCUGUCCUGAAGGCUGGCAGAUUAAGUUGGAAUCCAGUUGGUACUUCCUGUCUACUGAGACGAAAACCUGGAAGGAGAGCAGACAGGACUGUCUGAAGAGAGGAGCAGAUCUGGUGAUCAUAAACAGUGUGUUGGAACAGGAGUUUCUCUUCAGCUUCAAUAAGAGAGCCUGGAUUGGUCUGACUGACUCUGUUACUGAGGGGGCCUGGAAAUGGGUGGACGGCACCCCACUGACCACCCCAAGUUACUGGUACUCACAGCAACCUGAUAAUGGUGGUGACAACCCAAAAUAUGGGGAGGAGGACUGUGUUGAGCUGAACACAGAAACCUGGCGUCCUGUAAAGGCAUGGAAUGACCAGUCAUGUUUACUCAAUCGUUACUGGAUUUGUGAGAAAGUGGUUUAACAUCACCAUGACAACAGAGGAGGCUGGUGGGAGGACGCGCACACACACAGCACCUUACAGUGCACACAACUUCAUUCUCUCUCUCUCUAAGACACAGACACACCAACACACUGCUGGUACUGCACUGAGGGGCGAAACAACCUGAUAAUGGUGGAGUACCAAGAUAUAACUAGGACUGUGCUGAUGGUAUUAUUGGGUAUUCUGAGCCUGUAUAUAAAUAUUAUGGCAUAUCAUUUACCUCUCAACAUAACUGGAUUUGUGAAGAGUUAUACAGUAGCUCAUUAUAUAGUAGUGCUACAGUGCUAAUGCAUCUCUCUCUAGUUAAACAGUGUGUAGACAUACUGUCAUCUGUAAAAUUAUUGUAUUCAUUGUUUUAAAUAGAAACAUGUUAUGUGA